UCAGCAGAACCGUCCUGUUUUAGGAUUAGUCUAUUUAAAAAAAAAAAAACAACCGCUUAGCUUACAUAAUAGCUAGUGACCCUUACGUCGAUUCUAAACGCACGGUAGAUAGGUAUAUUUGAGAUAAACGGUGGUGGGUUAUUCUCAUCCAAAUUAUAAAAGAGAGUGUUUAGAAGUGACGAGACAGAAUAACGGUUGAACAUGUCUGUGGUAGGCUUUGAUGUGGGUUUUCAGAACUGUUACAUCGCUGUUGCCAGGAGCGGCGGCAUUGAAACCAUUGCAAAUGAAUACAGUGACAGAUGCACUCCGGCUUGUAUUUCUUUGGCAUCAAAAAACAGAACCAUUGGAAAUGCCGCAAAGAGUCAGAUCAUAACAAACUUUAAGAACACGGUUCAUGGCUUUAAGAAGUUCCACGGUCGAGCAUUUGAUGAUUACUUUGUUAAAAAUGAAAAAUCCAAAUUGCCUUACAGUCUUCACAAGCUUCCCAGUGGCAGCACUGGAGUAAAGGUUCGUUACUUGGAUGAGGACAAGGUGUUCACCAUUGAGCAGGUGACAGCUAUGUUGCUCACUAAGCUGAAAGAGACUUCUGAGAGUGCACUAAAGAAACCAGUGGUGGACUGUGUGAUUUCUGUUCCUAGUUUCUUUACUGAUGCAGAGCGAAGAUCAAUGAUCGAUGCCUCCCAAAUCGCUGGACUGAACUGCUUGAGACUGAUCAAUGACACAACGGCAGUGGCAUUAGCCUAUGGAAUCUACAAGCAAGACUUACCAAAUCCAGAAGAAAAGCCCCGUAAUGUUGUGUUUGUGGACAUUGGUCACUCAUCUUAUCAAGUGUCAAUUGUCUCUUUCAACAAGGGGAAGCUGAAGGUGUUGGCUACAGCAUUCGACCCUUAUUUGGGUGGACGUAAUUGUGAUGAAGUACUCGUGGAGUAUUUCUGUGAAGAGUUUAAAGACCGUUAUAAGUUAAAUGUGAAGGACAACCCUCGAGCCCUGCUGAGGCUCUACCAAGAGUGUGAAAAGCUGAAAAAGCUCAUGAGUGCCAACUCUUCAGAGCUACCACUUAACAUUGAGUGUUUCAUGAACGACAUUGAUGUUUCAGGGAAGAUGAAUAGGGGCCAGUUUGAAGAGCUGUGUGCCCAGCUUUUAAUGAGAGUGGAAGCACCACUUAAAGCGGUCAUGGAACAAUCAAAGCUAGGCAGAGAUGAGAUCUAUGCAGUUGAAAUUGUUGGUGGUGCUACGAGGAUUCCAGCCAUUAAAGAGAGAAUCUCCAGGUUCUUUUAUAAAGACAUCAGUACCACCCUGAACGCAGAUGAAGCAGUGGCACGAGGCUGUGCGCUACAGUGUGCAAUCUUGUCUCCAGCAUUUAAGGUCCGUGAAUUUUCUAUCACUGAUGUGGUUCCCUUCCCAAUCACUCUUCGCUGGAAGUCUCCCACAGAUGAGGGUGUUGGUGAAUGUGAAGUGUACAGCAAGAACCAUGCAGCACCUUUCUCCAAAGUCAUCACUUUCCACAAGAAAGAGCCCUUUGAUCUGCACGCAUUUUACAGCACAUCACAAGAUUUGCCAUACCCAGACACCGCAAUAGGUCGUUUUACUAUCCAGCAUGUUGCGCCCCAGUCUGAUGGAGACAGUUCAAAGGUCAAAGUGAAAGUGCGUGUAAAUGUGCAUGGCAUCUUCAGUGUAUCCAGUGCCUCUCUGAUUGAGAAGCAGAAAGGUGAAGUGGAGGAUGUACAGAUGGAGAUGGAGCCCAUGGUUCAGAAUGAGAACAAGCAAGACGAGCAGACUAAAAUGCAAGUGGACCAAGAUAGUCAAGGUGAGCAGCCCAAUGAAGAAGGGAAAGCACCAGGUUCCAAUACUAAGGAUGGUGCAUCUCCUGAAAAGCAAGAGCAGUGUGCAGGGCCAAGCAAACCCAAGACAAAGAUGACGAGUAUUGAAUUGCCCAUCCUUACCUCCACUGUCAGGCAGCUGGACAGAGAGAUACUGAAUAGCUUUGUGGAAGAGGAACAAAAAAUGAUCAUUCAGGAUAAGCUGGAGAAGGAGAGGAAUGAUGCCAAAAAUGCUGUGGAGGAGUAUGUGUAUGACCUGCGAGACAAGCUGUGCAGCAUCUAUGAAAAGUACAUCACUGAGGAUGACAGCAGUAGACUCACUCAAGUGCUUGAGGAUACUGAGAACUGGCUGUAUGAGGAAGGAGAAGACCAGUCAAAAGAGAUCUAUCUGGAUAAACUGGCUGAACUCAAAAGGUUUGGUGAGCCCAUUGAAGAACGGUACAGGGAGCAGGAGGAAAGGCCGCAAGCUUUUGAUGAGCUAGGCAAGAAAAUCCAGCUCUUCUUGAAGGUCUUGGAAGCAUAUAAGCAAAAGGAUGAACGUUACCAACACUUGAGUGCUGAGGAGAUGAGCUCUGUGGAGAAGAGUGUGAAUGAGGCCAUGAGAUGGAUGAACAGCAAGAUGCUCGCUCAGAGCAAACUCAGCAUUGCUCAGGAUCCUGCAGUGAAAGUAGCAGAGAUCAUACAGAAGAUUCGGGAGUUGGAGGAGAUUUGCAGUCCUGUGGUGAACCGACCCAAACCUGAAGUUGACGAGUCAGCAGUGGAUAACAGGGCUCACAAUGGUCCUGCAGCAGGACAUGGGGCUGAUAGCAAGAACAACCAGCAGACCAAGAACCAUGGCGAGAUGGAAGUGAACUGAACUGCUUAUCCAGCCUUGCUCUUAUUCUCGCAGAAGACUCCAUCAGACCCGUGCAGCUGACUCCUAACCUGUAGCCAUUACCUGUCUCUCUCUGUCCACAACUCUUCUGGUUGUAGUUUGCAUUUCUGCUUGUUAAGUCUGAAUUCUGGUUUGAUUUUCUCUUGAAUUUUUCAUUUUGGAGUCAGUGUAUCUUUUGAAUGUCACAGCUAGCUCUAAAAGUAGGUCCAGGGUGAGACAUCCAUUGAUAGACUGCUAUAAUAAAUUAUAAAUAAAUUACUUGUAGCUUAACAAUGAAACAAUGCUGCCAUUCAAAGCAAAAAUAUAUUCAGACAAUGUGAUAGCUGGAUUCUAAUCAAUCCCAAGUGCUGGUUUUGUCAAGAGAUCAAUUUUACAGCAUGUUUGGCACACAUGUAAAUUGCUAUUUGAUCAUUUUUAAGGUUGAAUAAACAUGAGUGCGCACACACACACACACACACAUGCGCGCACACACGUAUGUAUAUGCAAUGAUAUAUAUAGAGAGAGUAUAUAUUUCUAUAUGAAAUUCAAAGGUGUGUUGUCUAAGACUUGUAAAUAUUAUAUUAGUCAUUUUAAAUUCUCAAUCAAUACAAUCAAUCUAAGGGUAUAUAGGGGUCCCAGUGAUUAAAUGGCAAUGAUUCCAGGUCCAAGCUGUUAUUUAGAAGCAGAAUAUAAAAAGCUCUUUAUUCAAGUUACCUUUACGCAUCCAUUUCCCAAUAUCAAGUCCUUAGAUUUGGU